GUGCGGGGGAAGUGAGUCGAGACUGUUUCUCUCCCUUCACAGCUCGGCAACGCACCUGUGGCCGUGACUGUAGUGAGUGCAGGAGCUCACUGGUUGACGCGACGCCCGAGGGGCCACACACCCGCCGAUCCCCUCUCCCUUCCCUCACUCACCGUGCUUCCCUUUCCCUUGCCCCAACCCUCAUGCUCCGCUGUCCCCGCCCUAUCCCUGUGCCACCCUCCUGAAGGCGUCAAGAGCAGUGCAUCACGUGCCUCCUCACCUACUCAAGGAACACGUGUGGGUCGAGCCUGAAAGUUCGCCCCUCGAGGUAGGAAGGGAAACCUGCCUGCCCCUGGUGGAUGCCUGACCGGCUCUUCACUCCAACCUACACCGUUGAGGGCGUCGAGUAUAACGCAAAGAACGGCGUCUCACUAAACAGCAGAAUGGAACCGCCGUCUGUCACUACUGUGGGUGUGGGCAAGGGUCUGGACCCCAACCAGUAUGCGACCAAGAAGACGGUGGCGCAGGGCAUGCUGGACGUGGCCCUGCUCACCGCCAACGCCUCUCAGCUCAAGUACGUGCUAUCUGUCGGCGAGGCACAUGAGUUCUACCACAUCAUGCUGGGCCUCAUCACCACCUCCCUCGUGCUGCAGCUGCUCGUCGGAAUACUCUCCCUCUCCCUGUCUUUCCUGCGGGAUUGUCGCCUGCAUCUGAAGGACUACCACACCUCCGCCAACGUGCUCAGCCACAUCAACCUGGUCUCUGUCUUCGUCAUCGCCUCCCUCAACGUGAUCAUCAACGGCUUUGGAGUCUUUCCGAACACUUCCCAGAUCAUUCCCUCCGUGAUUGUGUGACGCGCUGUGAUGAAGAAACCCAACCCACUUCAGUUCUGUUCCUUGUUCACCUUUACUUAAAAUUGCCCUUAAGCUUUAGUAAGGGACAUUCACUUAAGAUUAUGUGAAGUGUUAUCACAAGGAAAUUCAGGCUACUUCGUCCCUGCUCUAUUUUUAUCUUAGUACCUUAUUCAAAAUCCCCCUGAAAUUUAAUUAAAGAACAUUCCCUUAAGAUAAUGUUAUGAAUUAUUCUCACAAGGAAACUCAAGCCACUUCAAAUCUGUUCUGUUCCAUGUUCACUCUUACUUACAAAUUGACCUAAGUUUAAGUAAAAAAAAAAAAACAUUCUUUUAAAAUAAUUAAGUAUGAAAUGUUAUAACAAGGGUCUAUCAUGCACUGAACAAUCAGGCUGAGGCUUAUUACAGACAUAUUUGUGUAUUUCAAUUUUUAAACUACUUAAUAUAUGUAUGUGUGUGUGUGUGUGUGUGUGUGUGUGUGUGUGUGUGUGUGUGUGCAUCACUGGUCUGCAGUGUUAAUAUAUGUAAACAAAACCUCAGAACUCAGCAAGGCAGGACAACAUACACCGUGACGCAGUGUAUUCUAUAAGGACCGUAUUCUGAAACACUUCUUCCCGCUCCUCGAUUACUUUCAAGAGGCUCUGAUUGAAGUGACGCUGGUUUUUAAAGGUGUUUUACUAACAGAUUAACAAAAUCUCUCCAUUACAAACAAGACAGACACCAUUGAGAACUUGGUUGAUCAUUCGUAUGGCCUUGAAAAAUAUUCGUGGUAAGAGAGCCAAGCGUUUCAGAACACUGGUCUGUAGCAUAAUAAGGCGGUGACAGCGCCCCGCCAGCCCCCGCACGCCUGCCGCUGCAGGGGCUUGCGGCCGCGAUCAGAUGGCCGCCGCGUCCUACUGACACUCUUGUCUGUCGUAGGGGCUGGCUGCCAUCCUGAUGGGACCCCUGACGGUACUUAAUAUAACAAAAAAGGAACACCAUAAAUCAACCGAGAUGAUCAAUCAUGUGAUCUUGACGCUCAGCAUGCUCGUAAUGGCCAUUGAUGCCAUUAAGUUGGGCUUCGACAAUGGCAUGGUAGUGAGAAAAAAUUCCACCACCCUCAUCCCGUAAAGUAAGGACUCAGUGUGACUUUGCAAUCCUCUAAAGUAUUGAGAGUUUGUUAGAUGUGGCUCUGCACAUGUUCCAUUAUGAACAACAAUGCACAGUAAUACAGAUGAUAUGUAAACAUUAAAUUUUAUUCUAAAAUGACCGCCAGACCCAUCACCAGGAGCCUGUUCAAUGUGGGUUGUGCACACUAGAUUCAAAAGAUUGAGGAGUGACAGAAUAACUCCAUCUGAAAGUCAACUAGAAGCGUGAUGGCGUCUGGUGGUUGUCUAGCAAAGGAAUCCUUUGGAGUUACCGCAAGAUUCUCAUAUGUCAUGGCAUUAUCAGCCCAGGAAUAGGGCACCAAUGGGUUCAUGUACUUGAAGCUCAGUGUGAUACUGUAGAUAGCAGCACAUUAUUAGCCAUGUGUGGAAAGACUGCUGAUCAUUACCUACUUAUAGUGGUAGCAACGUAAGAUAGCUUGAUGUGUAGAGUAACAUUGGCACUCUUAUUUUAGGUGGCCGUGGGCGUUCUCUUCAUGAUAAACGGGAUGAUGAAUAUUAAUGACCCAGAUCAGCAAAGUGCUGCCAACAUACUCAACAAUGUCAUCGUUGUCUUCGUCUUCAUCAUCUCGGUGCUGAAUGUGAUCAUUUCCUCUUUCGGCAUAGAGAACAUGAAUCUCAACCCUCCUGGAGUCCCCAUCAAGCUAAACAAUACGAAAAUCAAAUAAGACUGGACGCUCUGUCAUCUUCUCACCGUGACACACGUACUAUAGACGUACUAUAAUCACAGUGUGUGUGUGUAUAUAUAUAUAUACAUAUAUUCUCUCUCUCUCUCUCUCUCUCUCUCUCUCUCUCUCUCUCUCUCUCUCUCUCUCUCUCUCUCUCUCUCUCUCUCUCUCUCUCUCUCUCUCUCUCUCUCUCUCUCUCUCUCUCUCUCUCUCUCUCUCUUACCUGUACCUGACAUGACCUGCCCAUGGCCCACAACACCCACCUCGUGCCAUGGCCUUGUGAUCUUCUUGUGCCUGGCCAUCGCGGUGGUCACUCACUCCCCUUUUCUCAAGACAACCUAUAGGAGAAAUCUGAGGCUUUAGAACUGUCUCAGUUCAUGUAGCAUAGAGAUGUGAGUGCGUGUGGGUGUGUGCGUGUCUUUUUUUUUUUCUUUUUUUUCUUUUGAGCACUGGGUUACAAUGACAUGAUUGAUCAUCAGUGAGACAAUGAUCAUGUUUUGUGUACUGCAGCUAAUAGUCGUGAAAUAUUUCAUAACUGGGGUUAAAAGCACUCGAGUGUCUCAAGGAUUACGUUAGUCCUCCUAAAAAGUGCUUGUAAAGGGUGGGAAUUUCUACUUCUGGGUAUGGAAACAGGAUAAAUAUACUGAUGGUGAAAUACUUCAUAAAUCAGUUCAUUAUUUUGAAAGGUAUUGGGAAUUCUUUUAGAAGCGCUUGGAGGAAUGGAAUUUCUACUUCUGUGUAUAGAAACAGGAUCAUGGAUGUGACUAUUUCUACUGAUGAGCCUGUCACGUAGUGUGUGUGUGUGUGUGUGUCGUGUAGGUUAAGACUGGUGCCUUUCUUUACAUUUCCUUGUUCUUACAUUUCUUUACUGUGUACAAUAUGUAGGGUUUCAUCAGGUCAUAUAUAGAUCCAUUGAUAUUCAUAGAAAUUAAACUUACUUAGUUUCUUGAAUUCAUUGUGGAAUUUGAAUUGCGUGACAAUCAUGAUGUAAAAAUGUGUGUGGUGUUCUUAUUUCUUGGUGGUGUUCCUUUUUCGGGUGUGGGCUGGACUGGGGGUGUCAGGGUCAAGGCAACAACACAAGUUCCACAACACACAAGUGAUCGCAACUUUUUUAGCCCAGAAUAUUGCAACAGAUUUUUUUCUUAUUUUCAUUCCCUUUUCCACAAGACUUGUUGGUGUUUGCCAGUCUGACUCUCACACUUUUGUUUCAAUGCUAUAACUUGGAGCUUGGAGUCUUUUUGGACCUUUAUUACUUGUUUCCUUCAAAAAUGUAGGUAAUAAGCGUCCACGAAUAAAAGUGAGCGCCAAAGGGUGUAAAUAAGUCUAUACGUCUAAAGGGUGCAAGCUUUUGGUGCCUGACUAACCUUCCUAAGUAGCCCUGCGCUAGACAGUAGAGGAAAUUAGUCAAUAAACAUUCAUCAUUCAAAAAUAGAAAUGCUUAAUAUACUGGCUUGCAAUCUGCUCACUCUAUCAUUCACUACAUUCAAAUUCUUAACUUCCUUCUUUUAUAAUGCAUUAGAUUCUAAUUACAUCUGCACUGUUAUCCAUCUGAUACAAUGUUUACCGCUGUCACGAUUUAUGUGAAGACUUUUUUUUUCCUUUCUUUCCUUUCCUGAAUCUUUUCUCAAAGGAAAGCCUGACAGACGCUGAGAAGACUCCAGGAUUCCACAGCCUCGCCCACACCAACCCAGAUUUGCAACUUAUUCUCUCCUAAGUUAGGCCAAUUAAUCUUUCAGUGGCUAUUUUAACCUUCUUUAACUAUAAGAUGUACUGUGAUACACUUGACUUCAAGUACAACACUAAAUGUUGAUACAAUCACAAGUUUGUAUUUAGAAAUAACUCUGUUCCGGAACAUACAAAUAAAAAGGUGAAGAACAGGUUCUCUCAACCACUUUCUGUAAACUGUUCAGAAAUAAAUAAAAAGCGAAAACUUAA